AAAGGAAAUAUGUUCGGUUCACUAACUCGACCUCUCGUGUUCCCCUCCCUUCUCUUUCCCGCAACCACAAGCAAAGCAAACCCCUAGAUCUCGUCUCGCCAUCCCGUAGCUCCGUUCCGUUCCUGAUGGAUUCGUCGUCGUCCAGCCUGAGCCAGCAGCCCGAGUUCGACUACCUCUUCAAGCUGCUGCUCAUCGGCGACUCGGGCGUCGGCAAGAGCAGCCUCCUCCUCCGCUUCACCGCAGACUCCUUCGAGGAUCUCUCCCCCACCAUAGGUGUUGACUUCAAGGUGAAGAUGGUUAACAUUGGUGGCAAAAAACUCAAGCUUGCAAUCUGGGACACAGCUGGACAGGAGAGAUUUAGGACCUUGACCAGCUCAUACUACAGAGGGGCACAGGGGAUCAUUAUGGUGUAUGACGUCACUCGGCGAGAUACGUUUACUGAUCUUUCUGAUAUAUGGACAAAGGAAAUUGACCUCUACUCAACCAACCAGGAUUGUAUAAAGAUGCUUGUUGGAAACAAAGUAGACAAGCAGGAAAGCGAGAGAGCUGUCACAAAAAAGGAGGGAAUCGAAUUUGCUCGGGAAUAUGGAUGUUUAUUUCUAGAAUGCAGUGCAAAAACCAAAGUAAAUGUGGAACAGUGCUUUGAGGAACUUGUCCUGAAGAUAUUAGACACGCCAAGCCUCCUUGCCGAUGCUUCGUCAGGGACCAAGAAGAACAUCUUCAAGCAGAAGCCGCCGGAAACUGACGCUGCCGCAAGCAGCUGCUGUUAACAUGUAUGUCAUGCUAAUCGGGGUUCUCUUGUGGAUGAUGAUAUCUUUGUUGCAUAAAGUGAUAAGCUUGCGGUGUCAAUUUAUUCUGCUUUUGGUCUUGUAUAUUGUCAUGUUAAAAUUUACUAUCUUGAAAUCAUGCGUACACAUAACAAGCCUCUCCAUUACGUUGGCAGCAGCUAUACAAUGUAUGAACUUAACUUUUACUUGACAAUACAAUUGGCUGUUUCUCAUUUUGAUGAAAA